AUGGGAAAUGGGAGCACUUGUGCUGAGUUCAGACGAGAGGUUCAGCCCAGCCUGGGCGGCUUCUGCGGAAACAGCCUCCCGCUGCAGAGGACACAGAGAGGGAGACUCUCGGGUGUGCCCCGAAUGCAAGGCCCAAAGCAGAGGGAAGCUACAGGGAAACAGAUGGAGAACUCACCUCGGCCAGAACGUUUCUCACUUUUGGAGCCAGGCUUAAGCCAGUGGGCGGCUCCUGAAUCAGAGGUGAUCCCUCAUGCAGCAGUCUUGGAGUUUCCUGGCCUCAGCAAGGAGCUUAGGCAGAGCCCAGGAAUGUGCAUACGCUCGCCCGAAGAGCAAGUGGAGGCCGGAAAAGAUGACGACACAACUUUGCCAGAAAACCCCAGCUUACGAAGGAGGAGCGUUGAUCGUAGCUCAGCUGGAGAUGGUUUAGAAAACAAAUUAAUGACCAGGCAGAAGAAACCUGAGCUGAGAAAGACUGGGCCGGAAUCAAAGGCACAGAAAAAGAGCUUGAAGAAAGAUAAACGGCAAAACCGGGCAGAGUUCGUUGUAGGAAAACCAAAGCAGAAAAAGGCUUUUGGAAAAACAGCUUCUUUCUCCAAGGAGGAGCCAGAUGUCAGAAGAUCAGAGACGCCGGACAAAACUGAGGAAGAGGAAGAGAGGAAGGAAGCGGAUGCGGAAGGGGAGCAGAUUAUUACUG